AGUAACAAUGUCAGAAGACUAUUUCUGGGAUUUUUUAAAUAAGCGCAUUUUGAUCAGGUAUUUUAGUGUUUACUGGAUGCUGUUUUGGACUAUUGGAUGCUGAGAGUUGUCUAACAACGUGUGCCAUCCCCAAACUACAGUGCCAUGCCAAGCAGAACUCAAUAAAAGAUUGCAGAUAAAUGAGAUGAAAAGAUGAGUGGCGACACAUUCACUUGCAAUACUGAGAACCAAACAAUACCAAUACGAGAUUAUCAGCAUCAAAUUUAUGCAGUCUUCUACACAGUGAUUCUUGUUCCUGGACUGAUCGGCAAUGUUCUUGCUCUCUGGGUGUUUUAUGCCUACAUAAAGGAGACGAAGAAGGCUGUGAUAUUCAUGAUCAACCUGGCCGUCGCUGAUCUGCUGCAAGUGUUAUCUCUACCUCUGCGCGUUUACUACUAUUUGAACAAUUCAUGGCCUUUUGGCAAGUUUGCUUGCAUGGUCUGUUUCUAUGUGAAGUACGUCAACAUGUAUGCCAGCAUCUUCUUCCUGGCCUGCAUCAGUUUGAGACGCUGCCGACUCAUCAUCCAGCCGCUGCGAUACAGCGGCACGAAGAGACACCGGGACCGCAGCUGGUGUUUAUUCGGCUGGCUCGUGGUGGGUUUGGGGUGUCUGCCGUUCCCUCUUCUACGAAGAGACUAUGAGAAUGUGUAUUGCUGCUUCUCUGAGCUACCCAUGAUGCAACUCAGCAAAGAACUAGGAGUGUCCCUCGUGACCGUGGCAGAACUCACGGGGUUCCUUCUCCCGCUGGCUGUCGUGAUCACCUGCACGUGCCUGACCGCCGCGAGUCUGCGAGAGAAAACCUGCGUGCUGCAGGACACUGGGGAAAAGCACAAGGCGUUCAAGAUGGUGUUGAGUUGUGCUGGUGUGUUCCUGGUCUGCUUUGUGCCCUAUCACAUAACUUUCCCGUUGGACUUUCUGGCCAAAUCCAACGGUAGCGUUAGUUCUGCCUUUAAGGUCGCAGUCCUCCAUGUUCAUCCGGUCACCUUGUGUUUAGCGAGUCUGAACUGCUGUCUGGACCCAGUGAUGUACUACUUCACCACCGAUGAGUUCAAGCGCCGUCUGUCCAGGCCGGAGUUACAAGAAAGCCUGCAGUUACACCUCAGAGGUUCUUGCUCCACAAACCGUGAUGUCUGAGCUCUCCACCAGAGACGGCACAGGGACAUCGCUCUUAAAUCAAAAACAACAACUUUCUGAAUGUACAAUUGAUGAACUCUUAACAAUCUUGUUGAAAA